AACCGCACCAAAAAUUCACAACCACCCCACAUCCAUCAACCAACCCCACCCACAAAAAUGGCCCAUCACCCCCCAUCAAUCGACAUCCAAAACCUAACCUACACCUUCCCCGACAACUCCAUCGGGCUAGAAGACAUAAACAUCAACCUCCCAGCUGGCUCGCGCACGCUUCUCAUCGGCGCGAACGGGGCCGGCAAGACUACGCUGCUCCGCCUCGCCUCGGGCAAAAAACUCACAACCCGGGGCCGCAUACGUAUCGGUGGCGUGGACCCAUUCGCGCAUGGGCUGGAGGGCGUGACCUACCUGGGUCUGGAAUGGGUUCUGAACCCGAUCGUGCGGAACGAUAUCUACGUGCACGAGCUCCUGGCGAGCGUGGGCGGGGACGCGUACCCUGAGCGGCGCGAUCAGCUGGUGCGCAUCCUGGACAUCGACGUCGACUGGCGAAUGCACAUAGCUUCCGAUGGGGAAAGGCGGAGGGUGCAGUUGGCGAUGGGCUUGCUCAGGCCUUGGUCCAUUCUGCUGAUCGAUGAGGUCACCGUUGACUUGGACGUCCUUGCGCGCUUUAGGUUUUUGGAGUUCUUGAAGGAGGAGACGGAGACUCGGGGAUGCACCAUCGUCUAUGCUACGCAUAUCAUGGAUGGGAUUGCCGGGUGGCCAACGAAUUUGGUUAGGAUGGCGGGGGGGAAGGUUAAGGCGGUUGGCACCGUGGCUUCGUUUUUGGGGGAGGUUGAGAGGAAGGGGGCUAGUGCGGGGUGCCGCGAUGGAGGGAUUAUGCGGAAUUCGGCAUUGUUGGAUCUGGCGCUGGGCUGGUUGGUGGAGGAUUUGGAGGAGAGGGGGCCCAGGGAUAGGACGAAGAGUGGCCAGGUGACAUAUAAUAAUGUUGAGAAGGAGCCCUUUUAAUCUGUGGGGCGCUCACGGGAGGGAUGGUUCUGGGAGCUUUCUUUAACUGGGCUCUAUGCUCGGGUAGAUGGUAUCCGAUCAGGUUUCUCGGCGGUUUCCUCGAUUUUCGCAUUCUCUAGGCGCGUUUGGGGUGCGG